GCAAGCAUUCAACGCGAACGGGUACCGCCCAACCAUCGUCUGUAAGAUGGGUGGGGCCAAGAGUGGGGAACACACACGGCUCACCUCUCAGGAGGCGAUGGGGGCCACUGGGCCGAUGGCAGACCCCCAAGUGUAAACCAAAGUCACCCGAGCAUUCCCACGCUGCCCGCGUGACUUCUCCACCUAACGUCAGUGCCGUUUCCGCUAUUCUCCCCAACGACAAGCCCAAUUGUAUAAAGAGGAUACGAAAGGUUAAUGCAUGGAGGGGGGAAAAAGGGAUCCUUUUCACUGCCAUUGCGAUCAAAACCAGUAGGCCGAAGAGGAACGCAUCGGCGACAAGUUCCCACGAGGCGCCCCUCCUCGCACCACUUUCCCGUUCUACUGAGCCCUAGCACCGAUCCAUCUCUUCCCAUAUGGCCGAAGCGCCGACGCCUCCACCGCCGCCGGUGAUCGGGAAGGCUGGGAGCUUCACUGUCUUCAUCACCCCGCCGUCGACCCCGACGGCGUCUGAGGGCCCGAGAUCCCGCAUUGCGAGCCCUGCGCCGGCAUUGAGCUCCAGCAGCCCCGGAAAGGAGGCUCCUUUCCCGGUGAAGGCUCCCCUUUCGCCGCCCCGUCUCGUUGCCGCCCCGCCGCCGGUUCAGGUUCCGCCGCAGCAGUUCGAAAAGCCGGCCGUCAAGUCUGCUGGAUCCGCGUUCGGGUUCCUUUGGGACGCCGUCGUCAAAGUCCAAGAUGCGCAUUUAAGUUUGGAUGAAUACUUGGCGGAUUGGUUCGGGUUGAACCAGUCGAAGUACCAGUGGGCUUUGAAUGAUUACUAUGAGAGCAGUGGAAAGGAAAAGGAAACUGGCAAAGUUAGUAAAAUAAAAGAUCUCGCUGAUAAAGGGCAAGCCAUUUGAUAAGUUACUAGGGAGAUCCAAAACUUAAAAAACCUCCGGUGAAGUUCAUAUUUAUAAUUGCAUAUCGAUGCUCCAAAGCGUUCUCCAUGAAUUACCAACAAAUGAUUCUACGACGGCUACCAUGCCAUCAUGCUGAUCACAUUUGGUGCAUUAAGGAGGCUGGAAUCUGUGAUUAAUGUUUCACCAUGUUAGCAUUUUAAUAUGGCCAAUUGCUAGACAUCAUCCAUCCGAAACCAAUCAGAGUGAUUUCUAUGUUCCUUUUGUAUGACAUUUAGAGCUCUAUUCUAUUAGUUUAUAAAAUGUUUGCAUUAAAACUUCAAGUCCCUCGUGCCGGUUUUCUCAAGCAGCAACACAUGAGAGCUGUAAACAUCAUACGUCUAUGUUGUUGGAGAAGGCAUCCACAUCUAUUCGAGUUCUCUUCCUGUCUGCUGCUCGGUAGCUUCGGACCAGAAAAAAAGAAUAAAUUGGUGAAAUUUUGAUUGAUUCUCAGGUGACUUCAUUUUAGUUUGGGGAUAUGUAAAAAGAUUUCUCUUAAAAAUAUAAAUAAAGAUUUAGAUGCUUUUGAUAAUU